CGCCGCUCGAAGCGGGGGCGCCAAGGUGGUGCCAUGGCGGCCGUGCUGGGGCGGGUGGCGGAGCUGCCCGCGCUGCUCGCCCUGUCCCGCUCGGCGCUGGUGCGGCACUGGGACGCCCCGGCCCUGGACAGGGCUCUCGAGUGGGCCCGCUACUUCCAGCACGUCCACGACCGGUUCCGUGCGCGGCCCCAGCUCCGGGAGGCCCUCGGGCGGCGGCUGCGCCGGGCUCAGCCGUGCUCACCUCCGCUCGGCUUCUCCGCCCUGGGCCGCUGCCCGGAGCUGCUGGGGCUGGCGCUGCUGGAGAACCGCGCUCUGCCGCCCGCCGCCUGCCGCCGCCUGCUCCGCCGCCUGCUGCUGCCGCCGCCGCCCGGCGCGGGGGCCGGCCCCGAGCCCCGCGGGCUGGCGCUGCUCGCCCGCCGCAAGGCCGCCGCCCGCCUGCUGGCGCUGCCCCGCCGGCCCGGGGGCACCGAGCCGCGGGUGCGGGCGGAGGCGCAGCUGCUGCUGGGCCGGCUGCGGGAGGAGGAGGCGCAGGAGGGCGCGGGGGCCGCGGGGCGGCCGCGGUGGCUGUGCGGGGUCCUGGAGCGGCUCCCCCCGCCCCGCGCCUUCGCCGUGGUGGCGGCGGCGCUGGCCCUGCUCGGGCAGGGCAGCGGCGCUGAGGGGGCCGGAGACGGGGAUCGGGAUGGGAGCGGCCAGGACGGAAACAGGGCGAGUGCAGCAGGAGAUGGAUGCAUUGCCGGGCUGCUGCUUUCCUGGCUGCUGGGGAACCGGGAGCGAUUCUCUGCCUUCUGCCUUUGCCUCCCAGGUUCCCUUCUUGCUUCCCUAGCUGGUCACUAUUCCCAGUUAAGCAGAUCUUAUUUGGACCUCUUAACCGGCUGGGGAAGCCACUUGCACUAUGACCCCUUGCAGGGGCGGUGGGUUAAAAGUUGCCUUGAGAAAGCUGAAUUGUCCUGGGAGGAGCUGAGGGAGCGCUUCAGCUGCCUCUGUCAGGGAUCUGCACUGCUUAGAGAACAGACCCAAGCCGCUCUGAAACUCCUGAAGACACGAGAUGGGGACUUCAAAGUCCGUGGCCUAAGUGUGUGGACUGACUUACUGAUGGAAGUAGAGGAAUGAAGUAGGGUCCUAAUGCAUGGACACAAAAGCAACAUGAAAACUUGUAAAGCCAAGCAAAUCUGGUUAACCCUAUUUGGUAUGAAGGGCAACACAACUAUACCUCACUUUAGGUUGAAAACCAGCAUGUGACUGCUGAUCACACUGAUUCUGACUGCAUCUGAAGUCUUUCAGGGAGGCCUGGUGCUUUCUUGUAACUGCGCUGUCAUGUCUGGUCACCACAGGAAACGCCGCCCUUCUCAAUACUUGCUGAUUAAUGCCUAAUAAAGUGAAGAAAAUAA